GUCAUGCAAACAGACCCCAAAGCAAACACGGCCAAGGUUGUCGGACGGGGCGAACAUAAACGCAUCAACACCGCGCUCGUGGGCCAUGUAAACAUCGGCGAUUGGCUACUGAUCUUUAUGAAUGAUGCACGUGAAAUCCUCUCGCCCCAGCGGGCCCAAGAAAUCGACGCCACCCUAAACAUGGUAGAAGCUGCCAUGCAAGGCCAAGUCGAGCAGCGCCUCGUCAAUGACUUUGCUGCGCAGUGGCUGGAUGAGUCGAAUAUAGAUGCCUUCGUCAACGCUGAUGGCGACCAUGUCUUAUUUCUUAUGGGUGAUACGCACCGCUUUGCGCAAGGAUUGGAUGUGGCUGUCGUACUACCAGAGUUGCAAUCCAUGCAUCCUCAGCGCUUCGAUAUCGGCGUAGUACGCAAAGAGGCGGAAGAUGCCAUUGCCAAACGCUUUGCCUCUCGCAGCUGGCCUGCCCUGAUAUUUGUGCGACAAGUCAUCAGUGAGCUAGGCAUUGGCUCUCAAGCCGCCGAAGGGCUGGACUACACCCCUAUGCCCAAAGGGAUGCAAACCUAUCACGCCCCCGUUCUACCAGAGCCCGAAGAAGCUGCAUCUUGCCAAGCUGCAAAGGCUGCCCUGACCGCAGUGUUGCUUAUUUUACAAACGCAGGCCACAUCAAACGGCGCAGCGUAUACAGCCCAGAGCAAAGUCCACUUAAAUGACCUAGAUACCCUCAAUCUGGCCUUGAUCAACCAAGUUCUGGGCGAAGGAGAAGUUGCCGCAACUGUAUCCGCUUCAGAAAACACAAUAGGCGUGCAUGUACAAGAAUCGGUUUUUACCGGUGUUUGGCGGGUACUUGACUACACGCAAGAAGGCACUUUGCAAGACUAUAUCGAAAUAGGCCCCAUCCCGCGCAUACUCCGCGAAGUCGCACUCAUCGACGCACAAACUAAAAAUCACAGCCGGGCGAGUGCAGCAGAACUACCUCAGCGUUUUUUAGGCAGCGUAGGCCCACUUUUGACGGAAAUACAUGAAAAAAGCAGCUACGCACAAAGCCUGGCUGAAGAAGCAAUCACCACCACCACUACCCCUUUCUCGCACACCAUCAAUUUAAGCUUGCUUCCCCUAGGGAUAGAGGAUAUUUCUUACCUGGACCAUAGCCUCGGUACGGGACGCGUGACCAUUCUCUCCCGCGGCUAUGGCAACUGCCGGAUCACCAACACCCUUACACCCGAGACCUGGCGCUUGGUCUAUUACAACUCUCAAGAUAUUGUCAUACUCAAUGCAGUAGAAAUAACGAAAGUGCCUGAAGUCGCCUGCGCCGCCAUACAAGACCUAGAAGACUCGGCCGAGCGACUUGCUGAAGUGUUGGCCUGGUUGGGGCAAGAUGAAUGA